GUUUACUAGACCAGUUGUUUGUUAACCGCCACGGUGUACGUAUUGUUCUUCGAUUAUCGUGCUGUAAAGGUAGCAUAAACAAACAAAGUCUCGGAGAACCUUUCGGGCUACAUAUUUGUCUUCGAUUUCGAUCUGAAAUUGAUUCCCUCACUUAUCGGAUUGCAGAAUAAUGGCAACCCUAAGCAUCAGCUCUUUUAUCAUCUGCUCCGCAAUAAUCUGUGGAUUGAUUAGUAUAAUUAUGUACCACCUGCGAAGAUUACGUUUGUACAAACAAGCGUCACAAUUUUGCGGACCGCCUUUGUUACCAUUUUUAGGCAACGCGCUUAAAUUUGUUGGAAGUACCGAAGAUAUUUUAAGAAAAGCAAUGGAGCUGCUGGAUUCGUACCCAUCGCCUUUCCGCGUGUGGCUAGGGCAUCGCUUAUUUCUUUGCGUCAGCAACCCCGACCAAAUGAAGACAAUUUUCCUCAGUCAAAAAACCAUCGAAAAGGAAGAGUUGUACAAAUUUAUCCGACCAUGGCUAGGGACAGGAUUAUUCACGGCUCCUGCGUCCAAGUGGCGCGUGCAUCGAAAGCUCAUCAUGCCGACUUUCAAUCAAAGAAUCCUCGAAUCCUUCGUUGAGGUAUUUGACGCUCAAUCUAAGGUCAUGGUUCAACAAAUGGAGAUCGAAUUAGACGGCGCCGAGUUUGACGUAUUUCAUUACGUGUCCUUGUGCACGUUAGAUAUUAUUUGCGAAACUGCCAUGGGGGUGUCGGUUAAAGCGCAGACGGAGUCCAAUGUUCAUUACGUGGAAGCUGUAAAAAGGAUCACGGGUGGGAUAUACAGACGGAUGUUUCAGGUCUGGCUUCAUCCAGAUUUUAUUUUCAACCGUACGCAACUUGGAAAAAGCCAGAAGGAAUGUAUCAAGUAUCUGCAUGAGCUUACAAGUGAGGUGAUACGGAAAAAGAAAAUGAGACUCAUCAAAAGCAAUGGAAUACCUGAAUCGAAAGAAAAUGGAGAAAGUGAACCGUGCAUAAGCAUCACCGCACGCCGGAAGAAAGCUUUUCUAGAUCUAUUGAUGGAACUAUCUCAUAAUGGAGCAGGGUUUACAGAUAUCGAGCUUCGCGAAGAAGUUGAUACGAUGAUAGUCGCCGGAAAUGAUACCACAGCAACCAUAAAUUCUUUCGUGCUGUUGAUGCUGGCGUCUCAUCCGGAUGUACAGGACAAAGUUUUCCAAGAACUUUGUGAAAUUUAUGGGAAUGAUGAUACCAACGAGCGGAGCGUAAGAUGCGAAGAUUUGCAACGUAUGGAGUACAUGGAAAGGGUCAUCAAAGAAACAAUGCGUCUAUUUCCUAUUGCGCCCAUUCUUGUUCGUGCAGUGACGGAUGAUUUAAAUAUAGGCGAACACACGUUGCCGAAAGGUAGUUCAGUUGUCAUCGGAAUUUUGAAAGCUCAUCGAAAUCCUGAAUACUGGCCACACCCGCUGAAAUUUGACCCUGACAGAUUUCUUCCCGAAGAAACUGCGAAACGGCAUCCGUACUGUUAUCUACCAUUCAGUGCUGGGCCUCGAAAUUGUCUAGGUGGAAAAUAUGCUAUGAUGGCCAUGAAGGCACUUCUGGCAACAGUUCUUCGGAGCUAUACACUCAAAAAAGACAACGUCGUACCAAUAGAAAAUAUCAAAUUGAAGGCAGACCUUAUGUUAAAACCGGUUGAACCCAUUACGGUGAGAAUCGAAAGACGGGUAGCGAAGGGUUGUUCCGUUCCAUCAUAGAUACGUUGAGUAUAUCCAGUAUAUCUACGAUUUCAUACAAUUAAUUUCGUUGCUCUAUGCAAAAUUAACUUUCCAAUGUAUGCUAAGUGAUAAAUAAUUAUUGGAUUUUUUUUUUCAAUUAUAAUUUUUUAUUAUACUUGCCAAUAAAUUUUUAAUAUAAAAUUUCCAUCUCAUAAUAAUAAUAAAAUAUUCAAUCUUACAAAACCAACACUACUAGUUAGUGAGUAGUUUAGUGCAACAAAUAUAGGCCCCAAAUAUUCUAAAAAUAAUAUGUACAUACAUAUACAUAUAUAUACAAUAUACAUGCAUAUUUUCGUAUGUUGGUCGAAAAUUUAUUGCUUUCAGCAGUAAUGAUGCAAAUAUACUAUCUGUACGUAUGGGAAUAAAACAGAAAACUAUGCAAUGAGA